AUGGCUAAUCUGCGCUCGUCAAAGAGGCGAGAAUUCGGCGCCAUCUCCACCAGGAGUGCCCAAGCUGCCAAUACGCUGGCAUCCUCCUCGUCGGCCAAGGCUUCGCACAACCUUCAGUCCGACGAAAAUGUCCCGUCCAGUAGACGUGUUCUGGGAAACAUUAAGAAUGUCGUCAUCGAACGCCAGCCUGCCAUCGAGGCUAGUGGCUAUCGACGCAGGCCAUUUAGUGACCGCAACGCGCCGGUCAUACCUGAUUCCAGCCUCGUCCCGAGCAAGGUCACCAGCGCGGCAGAGUCGCGAAGCAGAAUCGUCAAUGUGGCGCGUUCAUCAUUAUCGCGUUCAACAAGAACACAAGAGUCUGACUCGGCGCGAUCCAGCACGGCUCGAGUAUCGACCGAACCAAAGCCAACCGCAUCCGCAUCCGCAUCGCGACGAACUCAGCAAGCUCAACUUCGUUCGCCGCUGGAGCAGGCCAAGGAUGUCCAGGUGCCGUCAUAUGGAAGUCUGCUUGCUCAUGCAGAAGAUCCAAUGUCUUCCCAAAUCGAGGCAGCGGGUCGGCGCAACCUCAAACCGGCUCCAAGUCACGCCGAGCUGACUCGCAUUUCGCCUGGUCUCAGUAGCGAUGAUCUCGAGUACUUUGACAUCAGUACCUUGCCACAAAUGCAGUCGGCACAUGUGGUGCGGACAACGGCUCAGCGCGGCAACACAGGCUCGCAGUCAGAAGACAAGAGAUCCAAUGAUGGUUCAGCACCAUCGCAUGGCUCCUCAGACAAGGAAAAUUUGCCUCCUCCAGCAGCGCGUGCCAGCACAAGAGCCGACAGCCGUCAUUUGGCUCGCUCACGUACCGAUGUGCUCGGUGGGAUCGGCGGUGAUCAACCGUUGCAUUCUACGCCCAUCUCUUUCAGACAUCAAGCCCGUGACAGGCAACCAGUGAGAUCGACGUAUCUCGAUCACGUUUUCCUGGUCGAAUCGAACCACCCGAGCCGAUCGGACUCUCCUGGUGUAGCUCGUCGAGCUGAGCCUUUGACUGCGUCUGCUCAGCAUUUGGAAGAGUACAAGCACCGAGGCGUCACCAAAGUCAUGGCUUGGAAGGCAGCGGGUCAUGCCGAAGCGUUCAAGACGCAACAGGAUGCUUCGGUCUCUGGAAAGGACGAACGCAGCGCUGGCUUUUGGCCGCCCAGUGAUGCGCCUGGACAUGUCGCAAUGUACGAUGCCGCGGGAGAAAUCAGCUCUUUGACCGAUCUCUUGCCCGAUUCGCACGAGAACCGGGGCCACCGCACGGGCGGCGCAAGUGACUCGGGAAACGAUGAAGAGGAUCAUGACGAGUUUGGCUUUCUUACCGCCGAGCGAAAGAUUCGAGACCGACGAGCGCGAACACUUGGUGACGACGCGGAUCGUUUUGCAACGCGGCGCUUUCAAGGUGAUGGGAGCGAUGUGCUUGUGGAUGUCCCUACCGACCCUCCGGGCAAUCUGACAAGCGACGAUCGUCGUCUAGCCGAAACCGCGUUUGGGCACAUGUCAUCUCCGGUGCAUCAAAGCUGCGAGGAAUUGUCGGCGAUAUCUCGGCGUGAUUCGGUCGUGCUGAUGCGGAGGCACGAGGCGGAAGAAGAACAACAGUGCGAGGUCGUUUGUGACGAAGAAGAGCAAGCGCAAGUGAAAGUCGAGGCUGGCGCUUCGAACGGACGCUUGACACGAGCGAGCACGCGAGCAAGCGCAAAGCGCGAGAGCGCCACUGCAGCUGUAAACAGUCAAGAGCUUUCGACUAUGUCCUCGCCCAUACAUACGCACAAACGGCUUGCUCGAGGCGCCAGAGCGAGCAAGACGGUCCGCGACAUGCGUCUCAAGAGAAGCGAGAAGAAGGAUCUGGCUAUGCUGGAGAGACUUGAGGCAGAAAGUUGGUCGUCACAAGUGAGCUCUUUGACUUGCUCUUCGUCUUCGCCACAGCCCACCGGGACAACUGGGAAAAAGGCAUCGUCGUCUCCGGCCAAAAGGCUGCGGAUGGACGAGCUGGUCGGCGAGCUUCCUCGCGGCAGAAUCAAAGCGUCGAAUGGCAAGGCCAAAGCGACGCGUUCUAGCAACAAGUCCAAGGCUAGCACGGCCACUACAAGCAAAGGUAGAGCUGGCAGCGCACGUUCUAAGAUCGCGACGACAGGUAGCCGAGGCAGAGGAAAACCGGCGAGAGAACAGACACGCGAUGAAGAUCAGGAGGACAACGAAGACAACGUAUCCUCGGAUGGAGAGACAGUGGGCAAGCGGUCCAAGCGCGGCAAUGCUGCCACGUCGAACAAGCGCACACGCAAGAGCACCGAUCAGCAAGCUUGGAGAGACGCCAUCUCUUCGUCACAGGUGCAUUCCGACGACUCGCAACACACCAGACGGCUCAAGGAGUUUCGUGCUGCUGAAAAGUUUCAUUUGGAGGUCGAGCUCGUCCUGUGA